CUCCUCAGCAGACGGUGUAUGCAGUCACUGACUCAGUAGGUGUCAGUGUUACAUUAGGCAACGACUUAGCUUCUAGUCACUAUAGGCUCUGCCCCUUGGAGGAUGUUCUGCUUCAGUUUGAGCACAAAGAAUGAUGUUGUUUUGGAGGUGAGCAUCUUCCAUGCUACUGUAAUCCUCGGAAUAUAUUUUUGGAAAAAUCGGAGUUGCUUUCCAUCUAGACAGGAUGUGGACGCCGUUUUUGUGAUUAUGCCAACAGAGACAAAGGAUAAAAAGGCACAAUGACAUCUUGGGCUCGUGCUCUGUUUUUCUUUCUGUUUUUUCGCGACACGGAGCUGAUUUUAGCGCAAAUUAAAUAUUCCACACCAGAGGGGGUCAAAGUGGGAGCUGUGAUCGGAAAUGUUGCCAAGGAUUUAGGCUUCGAUGUCAGCACAUUAAAAAGUAGGCGUUUUCGCAUUGUGUCGGAAGCCCACGGUGCGCUGUUUGAGGUAAACCCGAACAAUGGGAUUUUAUAUGUUCACCAGCAUAUUGACCGAGAGCAGCUGUGCGACAGAAAUGUUGCAUGCCUAACUGAUGUGAAAAUUGUUGUUGAAAACCCACUUGAAGUCCACUAUGUCACCGUGGAAAUAAUAGAUGCAAACGACCAUGCACCGAGUUUUGCAGAACAAGAAAAGAUAAUAGAAAUAGCGGAAUCGACAGCGCCGGGGGCUCGAUUCCAGUUACCAGGCGCCCGAGAUCCAGAUGUAGGAAUAAAUUCAAUCCAGCGCUAUAAACUGAGUCAAAAUGAGAAUUUCCAUUUGGAAAUUCGGGACAGAGGUGAGGAUAAAAUCCCCUUCUUAGUUUUGCAAAGGCAGUUAGACAGAGAGCAGAAAACAAACCACAACCUAAUUCUAACUGCUGCGGAUGGAGGGACGCCACCACAAUCAGCACACCUCAACGUUACAGUAAGGGUUCUUGAUAUAAAUGAUAACAGACCCGUUUUUUUAAAAGAGGUUUAUUCCGCUGUGUUGCAAGAAAAUGCAGCAAUAGAUACGAUUAUAAUAAAAGUCGAAGCAACGGAUCUAGACGAGGGAACAAACGCUGAUGUAGAAUAUGCCUUCGGGAGUGAUAUUAGUUCAGAUUUGCUACAACUAUUCAAUUUAAAUAUACACACUGGAGAAAUUGGAGUUAGCGGAUUAAUUGAUUAUGAGACAGCUAAUGUUUACAAAUUAGACAUACAAGCUUCUGACAAAGGCCAACCACCGAUGACCACUGAUUGCAGAGUGAUAAUUAAGAUUCAGGAUGUCAAUGAUAAUAAGCCGGAAAUAGACAUUACAUCUUUAUCCAGCGUGGUCCCAGAGGAUUCAAAGUAUGGCACCGUGAUUGCUCUUCUCAGUUUAAUAGACAGGGAUUCUGGUCUAAAUGGUAAAGUCAUUUGUCGUCUUACAGAUAAUGUGCCUUUUCAAUUAAAACCUUCAUAUAAAGAAAACGUGUACUCAUUAGUUACAAAAGAGACGUUAGACAGGGAGACUUUAUCAUAUUAUGAUAUUUCAGUAACAGCUACUGAUUGUGGUGAGCCACCUCUUUCCACCGUAAAAACGUUGAGCAUUCAGGUGUCGGAUGUAAAUGACAACACUCCCGAAUUUUUACACAACCCUCUUGAGUUGUAUUUAAUGGAAAAUAAUGCACCAGGUGAUUCUAUAUUUUCUGUAAGUGCGAUUGACAAGGAUUUAAACGAAAAUGCUGUCCUGUCCUAUCGUUUGCUAAAAGGUGAAGGCGGUCAUAAGGACAUGACUUCGUUUUUGAACAUACAUGUUCAUAACGGACAAAUAUCUGCGCUAAAACGUUUCGACUUUGAAACUCUGAAAACUUUCCAGUUCCAAGUUGUCGCCUCAGAUUCUGGGUCCCCGUCACUGAGCAGCAACGUCACAGUGAACGUGUUCAUUCUGGAUCAGAACGACAACGCUCCAGUCAUCCUGUAUCCAGUCAGCUCCAACGGUUCUGCUGAAGGUGUGGAGGAGAUUCCCCGCAAUGUGAACGCAGGACACUUGGUGACUAAAGUCAGAGCCUAUGACGCUGAUAUAGGAUAUAACGGCUGGUUGCUGUUUUCACUGCAGGAAGUUACUGACCACAGUCUCUUUGGUUUGGACCGCUACACAGGACAGAUCAGAACACUUCGCUCAUUCACAGAGACAGACGAGGCUGAGCAUAAACUGGUCAUACUGGUCAAAGACAAUGGCAACGUUUCCCUCUCAACAACAGCUACUGUGAUUGUCAAACUGGUGGAGCCCAAAGAGGCUUUUGCAGCUUCUGAUGUUAAAAGUGCAGCAAAGGAUGAUGAGGAUAAUAAUGUGACUUUUUACCUGAUGAUCACUUUGGGCUCAGUUUCAGUUCUGUUUAUCAUCAGUAUCAUCGUGCUGAUUGCAAUGCAGUGCUCCAGAUCCACAGACUAUACUUCUAAAUAUCUCCCAGAGACUAAUUAUGAUGGGACACUGUGUCACAGCAUUCAGUACAGAUCUGGAGACAAACGGUACAUGUUAGUUGGACCCAGGAUGAGUAUAGGAUCUACAAUAGUACCUGGAAGUCAUGCAAACACACUUGUGCUACUUGACAGGAAGAGGACAUGUGAAGAGAUAUUUGCGCUAAAACGUUUCGACUUUGAAACUCUGAAAACUUUCCAGUUCCAAGUUGUCGCCUCAGAUUCUGGGUCUCCGUCACUGAGCAGCAACGUCACAGUGAACGUGUUCAUUCUGGAUCAGAACGACAACGCUCCAGUCAUCCUGUAUCCAGUCAGCUCCAACGGUUCUGCUGAAGGUGUGGAGGAGAUUCCCCGCAAUGUGAACGCAGGACACUUGGUGACUAAAGUCAGAGCCUAUGACGCUGAUAUAGGAUAUAACGGCUGGUUGCUGUUUUCACUGCAGGAAGUUACUGACCACAGUCUCUUUGGUUUGGACCGCUACACAGGACAGAUCAGAACACUUCGUUCAUUCACAGAGACAGACGAGGCUGAGCAUAAACUGGUCAUACUGGUCAAAGACAAUGGCAACGUUUCCCUCUCAGCAACAGCUACUGUGAUUGUCAAACUGGUGGAGCCCAAAGAGGCUUUUGCAGCUUCUGAUGUUAAAAGUGCAGCAAAGGAUGAUGAGGAUAAUAAUGUGACUUUUUACCUGAUGAUCACUUUGGGCUCAGUUUCAGUUCUGUUUAUCAUCAGUAUCAUCGUGCUGAUUGCAAUGCAGUGCUCCAGAUCCACAGACUAUACUUCUAAAUAUCUCCCAGAGACUAAUUAUGAUGGGACACUGUGUCACAGCAUCCAGUACAGAUCUGGAGACAAACGUGAACUUAAUCUGAGUGUAUCCUGUUGCUGGAUAAAGAUGGGGUCAGCUAAAGCAGCUCGAAAAAAGGAAUGCUUUUGGUUCGCUUUUCAUUUGGUUUUGCAGCUUCUUGUCGGGAAACAAGCUUUUGCUCAGAAUCGGUACUCGGUUCCAGAGGAGGUUAAAGACGGAACUGUUGUUGGAAACGUUGCAAAGGAUCUGGGGCUUGAUAUCUCAUCCUUGAGUGAUCGGCGAUUUCGUGUUGUAUCUGGAAGCAAGGACGCCUUCUUUGAGGUAAAUCAGAACAAUGGGAUUCUCUACGUGCUCAGGAAAAUCGACAGGGAGGAGCUCUGCAAAGGAAGAGGUGCAUGUCUGAUAGAGCUAAAAAUUCUGGUCGAAAAUCCUUUGGAAAUGCAUUAUGUAGCCGUAGAGAUAACAGAUGUAAAUGAUCACUCUCCUAGUUUUCCUGAAAAAGAACAGACAAUUGAAAUAGCGGAGCAUACGCUGCCUGGAAGGCGAUUCCAGCUACAUGCUGCCCGUGAUCCCGAUGCAGGAAUCAACUCCAUUCGCACCUAUAUUCUAACGCAAAAUGAUCACUUUGAAAUAGACAUCCGUGAAAGUGACGGGGACAAAAUACCCUUUUUAGUGCUGAAAAGGGCAUUAGACAGAGAACAAAAAGAUAAACAUUCUCUAGUGGUUACUGCUUUAGAUGGAGGCAAACCUUCAAGAUCAGGGACAUUAAAUGUUUCAGUUAUUGUUUUGGAUAUAAAUGAUAACCGCCCCGCAUUUCUUCAAGAUACAUACCAAAUUUUAGUUAAGGAAAAUCUUCCUCUUGGAAGUUUAAUAUUUGUAAUGAAUGCUACGGAUCCCGAUGAAGGCACCAACGGGGAAAUUGAAUACAGUCUAGCAAAAACUUUGAGGAAAAAUGUGUAUGACCUUUUUGAGCUGAACAAAUUGAGUGGAGAAAUUAUAGUGAAAGGAGCACUGGAUUAUGAGCAAAAUGAUGUUUUUAAACUGGUUGUUGAGGCGUCCGAUAAAGGAACUCCUCCACUGACUGGUGAGUGCAGACUUAACAUAAAACUUAAAGAUGUUAAUGACAACCCACCAGAAAUAGAAAUCACGUCACAAUCAAACACGGUCUCAGAAGAUUCAAACCCUGGCACUGCCAUUUCACUUCUUAGUGUGACAGAUAAAGAUUCUGGACUUAAUGGAAAAAUUGUUGCAAGCAUAAUAUCAAAUGGACCAUUUGAAUUGAAGCCAUCCUAUAAGGAAAAUAUAUAUUCAGUUGUCACUAAGGGAGUUUUAGAUCGAGAGGAAGUGUCUAAUUAUGAACUGACAAUAAAAGCCACAGACUGUGGUGAGCCUAACUUAUCCAGUUCUCAAACCUUCAGCAUUCAAAUAUCAGAUGUAAAUGAUAACAAUCCUCUGUUCUCCCAAAAUCCAUUGCAGUUUUAUUUGUCAGAAAACAAUGGUGCCAGUAUGCCAAUAUUUUCUGUUAGUGCCAAGGACAAAGAUCAGAAUGAGAACGCGGCUAUUUCUUAUCGUAUCGGAAGACAGCUGAAUGGAAAUGACAUAAUGUCACACCUAAGCAUAAAUUCAGAUGAUGGACAAAUAUUUGCUCUAAAAAGUUUCGACUUUGAAACUCUGAAAACUUUCCAGUUCCAAGUUGUCGCCUCCGAUUCUGGGUCGCCGUCACUGAGCAGCAACGUCACAGUGAACGUGUUCAUUCUGGAUCAGAACGACAACGCUCCAGUCAUCCUGUAUCCAGUCAGCUCCAAUGGUUCUGCUGAAGGUGUGGAGGAGAUUCCCCGCAAUGUGAACGCAGGACACUUGGUGACUAAAGUCAGAGCCUAUGACGCUGAUAUAGGAUAUAACGGCUGGUUGCUGUUUUCACUGCAGGAAGUUACUGACCACAGUCUCUUUGGUUUGGACCGCUACACAGGACAGAUCAGAACACUUCGCUCAUUCACAGAGACAGACGAGGCUGAGCAUAAACUGGUCAUACUGGUCAAAGACAAUGGCAACGUUUCCCUCUCAGCAACAGCUACUGUGAUUGUCAAACUGGUGGAGCCCAAAGAGGCUUUUGCAGCUUCUGAUGUUAAAAGUGCAGCAAAGGAUGAUGAGGAUAAUAAUGUGACUUUUUACCUGAUGAUCACUUUGGGCUCAGUUUCAGUUCUGUUUAUCAUCAGUAUCAUCGUGCUGAUUGCAAUGCAGUGCUCCAGAUCCACAGACUAUACUUCUAAAUAUCUCCCAGAGACUAAUUAUGAUGGGACACUGUGCCACAGCAUCCAGUACAGAUCUGGAGACAAACGGUACAUGUUAGUUGGACCCAGGAUGAGUAUAGGAUCUACUAUAGUACCUGGAAGUCAUGCAAACACACUGGUGCUACCUGACAGGAGGAGGACAUGUGAAGAGGUAAGAAAACCCGUCACAGACGAGGUUCCUCCCCUAACAAAAUCUUUUGUUUGGUGGCUCACAGAAAAGCAUAUAGUCAACAUAAGAGCAAAAGACGGACGAAGUCACGUUUUGACUGGAUUUGGAAACUCGAACUGGUUCAGAAAUCGGACAAAGGUGGAUGUGUGUGGAUGUAAAACAAUGGCGAGACUAUUUAGAUCAAUUAUCCGUGGCUGGUUUGCUUUUUAUUUCGCCUUACUGCUGAUUAUCUGGGGACAGGCUAUGGCUGAACUGAGGUACUCCAUCCCGGAGGAGGUAAAAGAAGGAACUGCUGUGGGAUAUAUUGCAAAAGAUCUUGGUUUGGACAAAGCUUCAUUGGUCGAUCGUCGGUUCCGUGUUGUUCCUGGAUCCAAGGAGGCUUAUUUCGAGGUGAAUUCGGAUAACGGUGCCUUGCAGGUUCGUAGAAAAAUUGACAGGGAAGAGAUGUGUCAGGGCAGUGGCACAUGCCUAAUGGAGUUGAAAAUUCUCGUUGAAAACCCGUUGGAGAUGCAUCAUGUUGUUGUGGAUAUCACAGAUGUUAAUGAUCACUUCCCCAGUUUUUCUGAAAACGAACAAACGUUUGAAAUAGCAGAGCAUUCAUCUCCGGGAACACGAUUUCAGCUACAUGCGGCCCGUGAUCCGGACGCUGGAAUAAACUCCAUCCGCACAUACACUUUGACGUCAAAUGAUCAUUUUGAUAUUGAGGUAAUCCAGAGUGAUGAAGAGAAAGUGCCCUUUUUAGUAUUAAAACUGUCCUUAGACAGAGAACAAAAGAAUAAGCACAUGCUUAUUUUAACAGCAGCUGAUGGAGGCAAACCUCCAAAGUCAGCAACACUUAAUGUUUCCAUUAUUGUUCUUGAUAGUAAUGACAAUCGCCCAGCAUUCAAUAAAGAGAUUUAUCAAAUUGAAAUACAAGAAAAUACAUCGAUUGGUAAAACUCUUACUAGAUUAAAUGCAACAGAUCCAGAUGAAGGAGCCAAUGGGGAAAUAGAGUAUAGCCUUAGUAAAACGCUGGCGCGAAACGUAUAUGAGCUAUUUCAGCUGGAUAGCGUGAGUGGAGAAAUAACACUAAAAGGUGCUUUAGAUUUUGAGGAUUCUGACACUUAUAAACUAGAUGUCCAAGCAUCCGACAAAGGACAACCUCCACUGAUAGGCAGGUGCAGAGUUAUUAUAAAGAUAAAAGACGUGAAUGAUAACGCCCCAGAAAUAGAGGUCACGUCCCUUUCAAACACUGUUUCUGAAGAUUCAAAGCCCGGCACAGUGAUUUCACUUAUUAGUGUAACGGAUAAGGAUGCAAGUGUUAACGGAAAAGUGAUAGUACAGAUAACUGACGGUGUACCAUUUGAACUAAAGCCUUCCUACAAGGAGAACAUUUAUUCAGUUGUCACCAAAGACUUGCUGGACCGAGAAAAAGAACAACAAUACGGAAUAAUUAUUAAAGCAACAGACUGCGGCGAACCUCCCUUAACUACUGUUAAAAUUCUCAGAAUUCAAAUCUCAGAUGUGAAUGACAACAUUCCGCAGUUCUCACAAAACCCAUUACAAUUUUAUCUGAUAGAGAACAACAUUGCUGGUGCUUCGGUUUUCUCAGUAAGUGCAACGGAUAUCGAUGUUAAUGAAAACGCAGCUAUAACAUAUAAUAUAAUCAGACAGAAUGAUGCAACGAGCUUCAUAAAUGUCAACUCAGAAAAUGGAAAAAUAUCAGCACUGAAAAGUUUCGACUUUGAAACUCUGAAAACUUUCCAGUUCCAAGUUGUCGCCUCAGAUUCUGGGUCUCCGUCACUGAGCAGCAACGUCACAGUGAACGUGUUCAUUCUGGAUCAGAACGACAACGCUCCAGUCAUCCUGUAUCCAGUCAGCUCCAAUGGUUCUGCUGAAGGUGUGGAGGAGAUUCCCCGCAAUGUGAACGCAGGACACUUGGUGACUAAAGUCAGAGCCUAUGACGCUGAUAUAGGAUAUAACGGCUGGUUGCUGUUUUCACUGCAGGAAGUUACUGACCACAGUCUCUUUGGUUUGGACCGCUACACAGGACAGAUCAGAACACUUCGCUCAUUCACAGAGACAGACGAGGCUGAGCAUAAACUGGUCAUACUGGUCAAAGACAAUGGCAACGUUUCCCUCUCAGCAACAGCUACUGUGAUUGUCAAACUGGUGGAGCCCAAAGAAGCUUUUGCAGCUUCUGAUGUUAAAAGUGCAGCAAAGGAUGAUGAGGAUAAUAAUGUGACUUUUUACCUGAUGAUCACUUUGGGCUCAGUUUCAGUUCUGUUUAUCAUCAGUAUCAUCGUGCUGAUUGCAAUGCAGUGCUCCAGAUCCACAGACUAUACUUCUAAAUAUCUCCCAGAGACUAAUUAUGAUGGGACACUGUGUCACAGCAUCCAGUACAGAUCUGGAGACAAACGGUACAUGUUAGUUGGACCCAGGAUGAGUAUAGGAUCUACUAUAGUACCUGGAAGUCAUGCAAACACACUGGUGCUACCUGACAGGAGGAGGACAUGUGAAGAGUGUCACAACACGGAGUUCAGAUUUGGAGACAAACAGUAUAUGUUGGUUGGAUCCAGAAGGAUAAAAAUCAAAACAAUGGCGAGCUGGAGCCAAACGAGUGACUACAAUUGGCGUGUUUUUCUUUUAUAUAUUCUACUGAUUGUGGCGAAGCAGGCUAUGGCUGAAUUGAGGUACUCUGUUCCGGAGGAGGUGAAAGAGGGAACCGUCGUUGGAAAUAUUGCCAAGGAUCUUGGUCUGGAAAAAGCAUACUUAAAUAAUCGACGGCUUCGUAUUGUUUCUGGAUCUGAGGAUAUUUUUUUCAAUGUUAACACGGAUAAUGGAGCCUUACAGGUUCGUAGAAAAGCUGACAGAGAGCAGAUUUGUCACGGUGGUGGCGCAUGCCUGAUGGAGCUAAAGAUCAUCGUUGAAAACCCGCUGGAAAUGCAUCAUGUUGUUGUUGAAAUUACAGAUAUAAAUGAUAACUUUCCUAGUUUCCUAGAGAAAGAGCAACAUUUUCAAAUAGCUGAACAUACUACUCUAGGAACCCGAUUUCAGCUGCAAUCGGCCCGUGACCCUGAUGUAGGAGUGAAUUCAAUCCGCACAUACACGUUAUCUUCAAAUGAUUAUUUUGAUAUAGAUCUCAGUCAAAGCGAUGAAGAAAAAAUACCAUUUUUAGUGCUAAAGAAGCCUCUAGAUAGGGAACAAAAUAAGAAACUUUUACUGCUAGUUACAGCAAUAGAUGGAGGCAAACCUCAGAGAACAGGGACUCUUAAUGUUUCAAUCACUGUUCUUGAUAUUAACGACAACCGUCCAUCCUUUAACCAGGAAGUUUACCAGAUACAGAUGUUUGAAAACGCCCCCGUUGGAACUGCUGUUACAAGAGUUAAUGCAAGAGAUCCAGACGAGGGAAAUAAUGGAGAAAUUAAAUACAGCAUUGCUAAAGCAUUGGAACCAAAAAUAUAUGAAAUAUUUGAGCUUAACAUAUUGACAGGUGAAAUAAAAUUAAAAGCACCACUGGAUUUUGAGGAGUCUGAAAUCUACAAAAUUGACAUUGAAGCAUCAGACAAGGGAACGCCUCCUUUAACAGGAAGGUGUAGAGUGGUUGUAAAGAUAAAAGAUGUAAACGAUAACUCACCAAAGAUAGAUGUCACAUCUCUGUCAAAUACAAUACCAGAAGAUUCAAAACCCGGAACAGCGGUUUCUCUCAUCAGUGUAACAGAUAAAGACUCAGGUGUUAAUGGAAAGAUUAUUUCGCGCAUACUUAAUGAUGCACCUUUUGAAUUAAAGCCAUCUUAUAAGGAAAACAUAUAUUCACUUGUUACAAAAGAAUAUUUAGAUAGAGAGAAGUUGUCCCGUUAUGAAAUAUUAAUACAGUCCACCGAUUGUGGUAAUCCGCCAUUAUCUACAGUAAAAACGCUCAGUAUUCAGAUUUCCGAUGUGAAUGACAACAGUCCUCGUUUUGAGAAAAGUCCGUUAGAAUUUUAUUUAUCAGAAAAUAAUGCUGCUGGGGCAUCAAUAUUUUCGGUUAGCGCGACGGACAUUGACACGAAUGACAAUGCAGCCAUUUCUUAUUAUAUUAUGAGAGAAGAGAGUAAAGAUGAUGUAACAGCGUUGUUAAAUAUCAACUCAGCAAAUGGGAAAAUAUCUGCGCUGAAAAGUUUCGACUUUGAAACUCUGAAAACUUUCCAGUUCCAAGUUGUCGCCUCAGAUUCUGGGUCUCCGUCACUGAGCAGCAACGUCACAGUGAACGUGUUCAUUCUGGAUCAGAACGACAACGCUCCAGUCAUCCUGUAUCCAGUCAGCUCCAACGGUUCUGCUGAAGGUGUGGAGGAGAUUCCCCGCAAUGUGAACGCAGGACACUUGGUGACUAAAGUCAGAGCCUAUGACGCUGAUAUAGGAUAUAACGGCUGGUUGCUGUUUUCACUGCAGGAAGUUACUGACCACAGUCUCUUUGGUUUGGACCGCUACACAGGACAGAUCAGAACACUUCGCUCAUUCACAGAGACAGACGAGGCUGAGCAUAAACUGGUCAUACUGGUCAAAGACAAUGGCAACGUUUCCCUCUCAGCAACAGCUACUGUGAUUGUCAAACUGGUGGAGCCCAAAGAGGCUUUUGCAGCUUCUGAUGUUAAAAGUGCAGCAAAGGAUGAUGAGGAUAAUAAUGUGACUUUUUACCUGAUGAUCACUUUGGGCUCAGUUUCAGUUCUGUUUAUCAUCAGUAUCAUCGUGCUGAUAGCAAUGCAGUGCUCCAGAUCCACAGACUAUACUUCUAAAUAUCUCCCAGAGACUAAUUAUGAUGGGACACUGUGUCACAGCAUCCAGUACAGAUCUGGAGACAAACGGUACAUGUUAGUUGGACCCAGGAUGAGUAUAGGAUCUACUAUAGUACCUGGAAGUCAUGCAAACACACUGGUGCUACCUGACAGGAGGAGGACAUGUGAAGAGGUAAGCCAUGCACUUGAAUACUUUGGCUUAUUUCAGAUGUCCCUGCUCCCAUCCCUAAAACCGAUUUCCUGCAUAUAUAUUCAUUGCUUUGUAAAUUUGGCAACAGACAGUCUCAGACCUGGGUUUCAUAUUGUUUCACCCGAAUGUUUUGUCAUUGUGCUUUUCUUGUUUUGCAUAUUCAUAUCUUUCAUAUUAGGAUUUUUUUCCAGAGUUACCAACAGAACACUUGGGUGCACUUCGAAAGGAUAUUAUUUAAGACAAAGAAUGGCGAUGGCAAGCUGGAAACGAUCAAGUGAUUACAGCUGGUGUAUUUUUCUUUUACGUGUUCUGCUGAUUUUCACGAAGCAGGCUGUGGCUGAACUGAGGUACUCUGUUCCGGAGGAGGCGAAAAAGGCAACCGUCAUUGGAAACAUUGCCAGGGAUCUUGGUCUGGAAAAGGCACAUUUAACUGAUCGACGGCUACGUGUUGUUUCCGGACCGCAGGACACAUUUUUGGAUGUUAACACAGAUAACGGGGCCUUACAGGUUCGUAGAAAAAUUGACAGAGAGGAGAUUUGUCACGGCGGUGGCGCAUGCCUGAUGGAGCUAAAAAUUAUUGUUGAAAACCCAUUAGAGAUGCACCACGUUCUUGUUGAAAUUAUAGAUGUAAAUGAUCACUCCCCAAAUUUUACAAAAACAGAGCAACAUUUUCAAAUAGCUGAACAUACUACUCUAGGAACCCGAUUUCAGCUGCAAUCGGCCCGUGACCCUGAUGUAGGAGUGAAUUCAAUCCGCACAUACACGUUAUCUUCAAAUGAUUAUUUUGAUAUAGAUCUCAGUCAAAGCGAUGAAGAAAAAAUACCAUUUUUAGUGCUAAAGAAGCCUCUAGAUAGGGAACAAAAUAAGAAACUUUUACUGCUAGUUACAGCAAUAGAUGGAGGCAAACCUCAGAGAACAGGGACUCUUAAUGUUUCAAUCACUGUUCUUGAUAUUAAUGACAACCGUCCAUCCUUUAACCAGGAAGUUUACCAGAUACAGAUGUUUGAAAACGCCCCCGUUGGAACUGCUGUUACAAGAGUUAAUGCAAGAGAUCCAGACGAGGGAAAUAAUGGAGAAAUUAUGUAUAGCAUUGCCAACACCUUAGCACCUAAAAUAUACACUUUAUUUGAACUGGAAAGCUUAACAGGUGAAAUAAAAUUAAAAGCACCACUGGAUUUUGAGGAGUCUGAAAUCUACAAAAUUGACAUUGAAGCAUCAGACAAGGGAACGCCUCCUUUAACAGGAAGGUGUAGAGUGGUUGUAAAGAUAAAAGAUGUAAACGAUAACUCACCAAAGAUAGAUGUCACAUCUCUGUCAAAUACAAUACCAGAAGAUUCAAAACCCGGAACAGCGGUUUCUCUCAUCAGUGUAACAGAUAAAGACUCAGGUGUUAAUGGAAAGAUUAUUUCGCGCAUACUUAAUGAUGCACCUUUUGAAUUAAAGCCAUCUUAUAAGGAAAACAUAUAUUCACUUGUUACAAAAGAAUAUUUAGAUAGAGAGAAGUUGUCCCGUUAUGAAAUAUUAAUACAGUCCACCGAUUGUGGUAAUCCGCCAUUAUCUACAGUAAAAACGCUCAGUAUUCAGAUUUCCGAUGUGAAUGACAACAGUCCUCGUUUUGAGAAAAGUCCGUUAGAAUUUUAUUUAUCAGAAAAUAAUGCUGCUGGGGCAUCAAUAUUUUCAGUUAGCGCGACGGACAUUGACACGAAUGACAAUGCAGCCAUUUCUUAUUAUAUUAUGAGAGAAGGGAGUAAAGAUGAUGUAACAGCGUUGUUAAAUAUCAACUCAGCAAAUGGGAAAAUAUCUGCGCUGAAAAGUUUUGACUUUGAAACUCUGAAAACUUUCCAGUUCCAAGUUGUCGCCUCAGAUUCUGGGUCUCCGUCACUGAGCAGCAACGUCACAGUGAACGUGUUCAUUCUGGAUCAGAACGACAACGCUCCAGUCAUCCUGUAUCCAGUCAGCUCCAAUGGUUCUGCUGAAGGUGUGGAGGAGAUUCCCCGCAAUGUGAACGCAGGACACUUGGUGACUAAAGUCAGAGCCUAUGACGCUGAUAUAGGAUAUAACGGCUGGUUGCUGUUUUCACUGCAGGAAGUUACUGACCACAGUCUCUUUGGUUUGGACCGCUACACAGGACAGAUCAGAACACUUCGCUCAUUCACAGAGACAGACGAGGCUGAGCAUAAACUGGUCAUACUGGUCAAAGACAAUGGCAACGUUUCCCUCUCAGCAACAGCUACUGUGAUUGUCAAACUGGUGGAGCCCAAAGAGGCUUUUGCAGCUUCUGAUGUUAAAAGUGCAGCAAAGGAUGAUGAGGAUAAUAAUGUGACUUUUUACCUGAUGAUCACUUUGGGCUCAGUUUCAGUUCUGUUUAUCAUCAGUAUCAUCGUGCUGAUUGCAAUGCAGUGCUCCAGAUCCACAGACUAUACUUCUAAAUAUCUCCCAGAGACUAAUUAUGAUGGGACACUGUGUCACAGCAUCCAGUACAGAUCUGGAGACAAACGGUACAUGUUAGUUGGACCCAGGAUGAGUAUAGGAUCUACUAUAGUACCUGGAAGUCAUGCAAACACACUGGUGCUACCUGACAGGAGGAGGACAUGUGAAGAGGUGCUGUACAUAUAUAUCUACUCUGUAAUAUGUCCUGCUUUUGUCGGGAUUUCCAUUAGAUCCAUCCCAUUUCUCUCACGACGAAAAGCGUUGCUGUGCGGUUUCUAUAUACAUUUUAUAUUAGACUUUUUGUCUCUUUCGGAGAAUAGUUGCUUUUUUUUACCGUGUGCGGUGCAGGAAUUUUAUAUCAGCAUACCAAAUGAGCUCUUUGCAAUGGAUUUUAUAGUAUUUUUAUUUUCGCAUAUUUCCAACAUGGAACAAAGACGACCUGAAACACGGAGAGGGAGGACAAAAUGGAUUACAUUCGUGAUAAUUUUGGUGUUAUUUUGUUACAGCUCUUCGGCCCACUUUCGUUAUUCUGUCUCCGAGGAGGUUGAAGAGGGAACAGUUGUUGGAAAUAUCGCGAAGGAUUUAGGCUUGGAUAAGAGCACACUGAAAGACAGGGGGAUCCGUAUUGUUUACGGUUCCACAGAUCCUCUUUUUACAGUAAACCAAGAUGAUGGUGUCUUUUAUGUAGACAGGAAAAUCGACCGAGAGGAAAUCUGUGAUCGAAGCAAAGCUUGUGUGCUUGAUUUAAAAACGGUGCUUCAAAACCCGCUGGAGAUUCAUCAUGUUGCUGUGGAGAUUUUGGAUGUAAAUGAUCACUCACCAGUCUUCCCACAUAAUGAAACUACGCUGGAAAUUUCUGAAUCUGCGCUGCCAGGAGCAAAAUUCCAGUUGCAAGAUGCACGCGAUGCUGACAGUGGUUUAUUAUCCGUUCAGCAAUAUAAGUUGAGUAAUAAUGCACAUUUUCGUUUAGAGGUUAAAGAUCGAGGUGAGGGCCGUAAAACACCUAGUUUAGUUCUUGAAAAGCCACUCGACAGAGAAUCAGUUAAAAACCAUGUGUUGCUCCUGACAGCAUUAGAUGGAGGUAAACCUCCAAGAUCUGGUAAUAUGACAAUAAUUGUUAAUGUUUCCGAUGUUAAUGAUAACCCCCCAGUUUUCAGUCAGGAAUCAUAUACUGUGUCUCUGAAAGAAAACUCCCCUGUUGGUACGACUGUGAUUCAAGUUAAUGCAACCGAUUUAGAUGAGGGUCCUAACGGGGAGGUUAUGUAUUUAUUAAGCAACCACAUGGAGGCACGGGUACUUGAACGUUUUAGUUUAAAUCCAAUGACUGGAGUCAUUAUUGUGACAGGGGCGCUUGAUUUUGAAGAAUGUAGUAGAUAUGAAAUUGAUGUUCAAGCCUCUGACAAAGGCGCAGCAACACUUAAAACAGAUAAAACAGUGGUAAUUAAUCUGGUAGACGUAAAUGACAAUGAACCAGAGAUUGAAGUGACGUCAUUUUCUCAUGCGCUCCCAGAAGAUUCAAAACCGGGGACAACAGUGGCGUUGAUUAGUGUAAAGGAUGCUGAUUCUGGUCUGAACGGAAAAGUUAUGUGUUACAUAAACAAUGACCUUCCCUUUCUGUUAACUCCUUCCUUACAAAAUAACAUGUAUUCUCUGGUAACUAAAACUGUUUUGGACAGAGAACAAAAAUCUCAAUAUAAUGUAUUAAUCAUUGCUAAAGAUGCAGGCGAAACAUCUUUAUCAUCAGAAAAGAAUAUACCUGUUCUGGUGUCAGACAUAAAUGACAACAUUCCUGAAUUCCAUAAAAAUCCAUACAUUUUUUAUAUAACAGAAAAUAACACCCCAGGAGAGAAAGUUUUAUCUGUGUCAGCCCGUGACAAUGACGAAGGAGGUAAUGCACUUAUUUCAUAUUUAAUAUUAAGAGACAAAGAAGGAGCAAAUACACUGACAUCUUUUCUGAAUAUUAACUCUGAAACUGGAGACAUUGUGGCUUUGAAAAGUUUCGACUUUGAAACUCUGAAAACUUUCCAGUUCCAAGUUGUCGCCUCAGAUUCUGGGUCUCCGUCACUGAGCAGCAACGUCACAGUGAACGUGUUCAUUCUGGAUCAGAACGACAACGCUCCAGUCAUCCUGUAUCCAGUCAGCUCCAACGGUUCUGCUGAAGGUGUGGAGGAGAUUCCCCGCAAUGUGAACGCAGGACACUUGGUGACUAAAGUCAGAGCCUAUGACGCUGAUAUAGGAUAUAACGGCUGGUUGCUGUUUUCACUGCAGGAAGUUACUGACCACAGUCUCUUUGGUUUGGACCGCUACACAGGACAGAUCAGAACACUUCGCUCAUUCACAGAGACAGACGAGGCUGAGCAUAAACUGGUCAUACUGGUCAAAGACAAUGGCAACGUUUCCCUCUCAGCAACAGCUACUGUGAUUGUCAAACUGGUGGAGCCCAAAGAGGCUUUUGCAGCUUCUGAUGUUAAAAGUGCAGCAAAGGAUGAUGAGGAUAAUAAUGUGACUUUUUACCUGAUGAUCACUUUGGGCUCAGUUUCAGUUCUGUUUAUCAUCAGUAUCAUCGUGCUGAUUGCAAUGCAGUGCUCCAGAUCCACAGACUACACUUCUAAAUAUCUCCCAGAGACUAAUUAUGAUGGGACACUGUGUCACAGCAUCCAGUACAGAUCUGGAGACAAACGGUACAUGUUAGUUGGACCCAGGAUGAGUAUAGGAUCUACUAUAGUACCUGGAAGUCAUGCAAACACACUGGUGCUACCUGACAGGAGGAGGACUUGUGAAGAGGCAGCGACCAGCAAGUUGGAUCAGCAAGUUAUUCGUGUUUUUCACAUCUCAGCAGUGUACAGUUUAGUUCACUUUGCACUUGAAGGACUGUAA